CCGACGACGAUCGCUCCGGGAGGCGGCCGAGCCUCACCUGCCAGACUCAUCCAGCCCUCGCGAGGGGCUCAAUCUCCACGGCGACUUCCCACACCCUCUCCCCGCUCUCACAGCAUACACAGAUCACCUCCCACCACGCCCAGACAGCUCCCGGCCUCACUCGCACUACAACUUCGACACCAUUUUGCACUCGGUCCCGGCUUCACAGCAGAGUUCUCCCUACCUGAGCGCUAACUCGUACUUCGAAGAGGCCUUUCGCGCCUCGCCUUCACCUCCGCCGUGCUCCCUCGACAGCAUCCUCAACCCGCUUGCGCCCGGACUAAGCCCGUUUAGUUACCCUCCUCCCAGCCCUCCUGCCAGACGAAGGCCGCGCUCACCAGUUGUCUCCAUACCGGUAAACACCAUGCCAUCCACCCGCCAGCGUGGCGAGCUGCCCGGCCGCCUGUCGAACGGUUACGUCGACCUGACGAGCGACUCGCCACCGGAUCCCGUCGGGCAACGGCGCAUGAAGCGAGAAAGCCCUUCGCCAGGGCCCUCUUCGAAAAGGCUGAAGCAGAAUGACGGCACCGCGCUGCGGCGGAAUAGCAAGACGCCAGAGGCGAAAGUCGAGGAGAUCGAUCUCUCAGAGGACAAGGCGGCCGUGCUAGAGGUGCUCCAGAAGCAGAGAGAAGAGGCCGUCAAAGCACAGCGCACGCAAGAGGAGAAGGCAACCAACUUCAACUCGCUCACCUGCGUUAUCUGCAUGGACACGCCGACGGACCUUACGGCUACCGCUUGUGGCCACCUGUUCUGUCACACGUGCCUUAUGGAAGCCCUCAUCGCAGGCGAGAACCGCUCCGGCCCCGGCGAACCCAAGCGCUCGCAAUGCCCCGUCUGCCGAAAGUUCAUCAACCGCUCCAAAGCCACGGACAUCAUCCCGCUCCUCCUCAAGAAAGGACUAGCCACGCAGCCGCGGAAGAAGAGCACGGUCGCUGCCGCAGCCCCAAAGGUAACGUCAUGAGCACAAUGGAUUUAUGUGGAUUUCUCUGGACUUUGUUCAAUGCAUGUGUUGGAGUAUGUGCUAAGUGGUAUUGGCCGAACAGAAGCCUUUCCUCCGGAAGCCGCGACCGUGGAAGCCGGUGCGUAAGUGGGGAGACCCCGAGUGGUUUGAGGAGGUCUAAAAGGCACCGGGCUGGCGUCUGGCGGUUUGCCCGCCGACGGCGAUUGGAAAGCGGGUGUCCAAUGAUACCACGAAGGCAUCAGGAAUAUCGUGGUCGGGCUCAGUUCCCUUGGGGUUAGGACUGCACGAUAAGAUUGCAUUGGCAGGGUAGAUUGCGUCCAUUACAUUACGGCAUAGCUGCAUAGUCCCACGCAAAAGAAUAGGAUCUCACUAACGUGCAUCCACGUGCAACGGAACAACAUUAUAUUCAAGUAUCUUAAAUAAUUAAAGUGUUGGG